AGUUAGUCUUGUGGCAACAGGUAGACGGUAAACACGAUUCAAGUGAUCCGCGCGCGCGAGUAAAUCAUAGCAAAACCGGAAUUUUGGGAAGAAGAAUCGUGCAAAAGGAAGUGUUGGAAGGAUCAUCAUCAGUGCGUUCUAAUAUAGCGAAUAGCGUUGUCGUGUUGAAGGUUCUUCAUUUGCAUCAACUCGGGUCAAUUAUCGGUGGAUGGAUGUUGGCAGCAUUUAAACAGAAGGUUGCGUUCAAAGAAAGAAGAGGAAGCCCGCCAGGUGCUUGUGUUGGUGUGUACAGCGCAACGGAAUCAAGGUUCUAUCUUUUGGACCUCUGUCGAAGCGCAACGUCUCCGCGUAGUGUGUGAUUAAAAAACCUUCGCUGAGGUUCUUGGUUUUUUGCUCCUUGGCAUCCAGUGGACUGGACAUAGAGCAGCAGCAGCGGCGGCGGCAGCGGUGGAAAACGUAGAAGUGAAGACCGACCUCAAACGGGUGACUGCGACCAGUUUUUUCUUCACUCUUUGUACGAAGCGAUCGAAGGCAUAAGAGCAGGAAAAGAGAUUCUCUCCGAAUCGCAUCAAAACGGCGUGCGCGGAACGGACCACGACGACGACCAUUGGGCGCCUCUCCAGCCCAAUUAUUCCUCAGUACCGACUGGUGGCAGCUGGUGAUAAGACGUUGUUCGAUUAGUAUCGGAAGCAAUUUAAAACAAUGUCCAACAAAAAAGACAGUACCGCAUCCAAUGGGACCAAGUACGAGGCUCGUUUGUGUCACGUUGUGAAACGCGAGGACUUCGACGGUUAUGGUUUCAAUCUGCACGCGGAGAAGGGCCGGCCCGGGCAGUACAUUGGGAAGGUGGACGAUGGGUCUCCGGCGGAGGCGGCCGGCUUGCGUCAAGGUGACCGGAUCAUCGAAGUCAACGGAACCAACAUAACCAACGAGACACACAAAAAGGUGGUGGAACUGAUCAAGGGAGUACCGAACGAGACGAAGCUGCUUGUGAUCGAUCCUCGAGCUGACGCAGCAGAUUUGAAGGCAGCAAUUUCCAAAAAUAAGAACGGUGUCAACGGCGUGGAUGUUAAUGAUAACAGCAAACAGCAAUCAACGAUGGUGGACGCAGAUGAGAAGAAUAAAUUGAGCAAUGGCACGAAGGGUGAUGACAAGCAUGACGUCAACGGUGGCAGCACCAAGGAGGAAAUGAACAACAAGAAAAAUGCCGAUAUGAGUGCCAAUAAAGCGGCAACGACGACAAUGACAAAUGGCGAUGCAUCGCAGAAACCCGUUGAUCAGAUUAUCGAGGACACCAAGGCGCUGUCAGUGUCACCGGCGACACCAACCGAAUCCAAGAAGGCGAUGAAUGGCAGCAGCAGCAGCAGCACCACCACUACCAGUACCACGAACGGAAGCGCACCCAAGGAAGGUCUCAAGCUCAACCUCAAUAUGACCGCGGCCGAACUACGUGCCCAGCUGGCGGCCCGGAAGAAGUACGACCCAAAGAACGACGUGUGCGAUUUGCGCAAAAAGUACGAAAUCAUUCAGAAAAUGUGAUACGUUUGCGCGCGCGGUGAGGACGACCCUAAUUUGGUAUGCAUGCAUGCAAGACGAGCAGGAGUGAUCGAGCGCGAUCACCCUUGAUCGGUUAGUUACUUAUAUUUUAGACGGUUAGUUCGUAGUAACAUAUUAUUUUCGCAAUUACAAAUAUCAGUAUUGAUAAAGAAGAUUCUUCUGGGACUUAGAGAAGGAGUUCGAUGGAUAUGGAUCACUUGGGAAUUUACGAAACCGGCAUUCCAAGAAUAACAAUCAUAUAAGAAAUAUUUUAAAGAUCAGACCAGUUUCUUGUUUUUGCACUAGCGUUUCUACGUUAACUAGUGACCAAAUUUAACGUAUUUUAGACUAAUUUCUCAAAAAUUCUACGAGUUUGAGCAAAAUUUGAAAAUAAAAUAUUGCACACCCGUAUGCUAAGCGUCUUGAAUGAUCCAAAUCCUACGAGCCUACUAUGAUAAGAAACAACACAAUUCGCCUACUUUGAUUCCCGGAUUUUCACUGUACAGAACAUCGAUAAAAACGCAAUUCGGGUCAAGAGUAGACGACACAGACGCGCAUAUCACGUUGAAACACUUAAUGUGCUGAGCUAUGAUUGGCGUUAGCUAAUCGAAUGCGAUAUCAAGCACUAGUUUAUGCCCCGAGCAGUUGAAAACAAAGCGCGGAAGACGAUCAAAUUGCGCGGAGGUAUAAUAAAUGAAAAGCGCUCUCCUACUAAUCGAACCCCUUUUUGUCGCGCCGACGUCAUCACUGUUAUCUACGUUCUGGUGGCUUGGAAUGCGUGCGCAGUUGCGACUCAUGGUUCUUCCAAGUCUAAUUUCAUCCGUUCCGAUAAGAUGCCGGUGUCAAAACAAAAGUGAAACAACCGGUGGAAUGCUGUUCGAUUUCGAAAUUCCCGGAUGUGUGGACUUACUUUAGGAAAGGUCCCAAGUGAAAACUGUACUAUUUGAGAAAUUUUAAAUAUUAUGCUAAAGUUUUGGAAAUGCUACUCAAUGCAAAAAAGAAACAGAAAUUAAAUGCAAGCGAAUUAUUCACACUUAAGACUUAAGAACAUUUCAAAUGUUCGCAAGAAAAAGCCUGAAGUAAUUGCACUAAUGAAAAUAUGGUUCACAAAUAUGUACCAACAGUAAAUUAAUUAGCGGCAAUAGACAGAGCCGCCCUGUUUGCUGAGGCCAAACUCCCAAACCGCGCGUUAGCUUUGAACUUUGCGCGCCAGAGGAUUCGAUUCCGAGCCGAACGAAGGUCACUGCGGAAUCACAUCCCAACGAUGACGGAGACACCAAUUAGAACCAGAACAAACGAUAACAAAUGAAGCGGGCGACACGAGGAACCAUAAAAACUUGGGGACGGCCGAUUAGAACAGCAAUUAGCGGAACGGCGCGAGGACGUGAGAAAACGAAGGAAAUGUGAAAAUCACCUCAAGCAGUAAAAUAGAAAACAUACCAGCAGCAAAACAGCGACAAACAAAUAAACAUAUGACGAUAAUAAUGAUGAUAAUGUGCCAAAAUUUUCAAACAACCUCUGAAGAGCUACUACCUACCUUUUCGCCUGCUAUCUACUUCCUAUAUAAAAGCAAAAUACCUAUUACUUUCGACGAUAUCUUUGAGAUAAGCUUUUGAUUGAGAAAUUGAAGCGAAAAAUAAAAAUGAGAUAUAGCAAGGAUACGGCAACCUAUGGCGUUGUAAAACGUAGCACGUGUAAUUAAAGAUUAAAGUAUGAUAAUAUAUUUAUAGUGAACGUAAGUAUAGUAAAA